CGCAUUUGUUUGUAGUUUGGACCAUAGUCAGAUUGAGCAAAAUUGUAUUGAAUUGUGUGGCCAUUUGAAUUACGUUUGUUCUGAAAAAUGAUAGUUCUAGCUUCUCAGAUGGCCGAGAUGUGAAGCAUAGUUACGAGUUUGUUCAUUACGUGUGAUUAGGUGAUUGAGUUGAGGCUAGAUCCGCAUUAUGGGAAUCGUGCAGAGAGCUCAAUUACAGUGUUGUAAUUAGGUAAUAAUUGAUUACCCAAUCAAUUUUGCUAACGAGAUAAACAAAUUGCUUGAUAACUUCGUCAUUUUCAAUCCGUUUCGAAACCAUCUUAUCAGGUUAUAAUAUUCUGGAUUAAAUGACUUAUUGCGAUAUGUUACAACGGAGUCUCUAACAUGUUCGCAAACGUUAAACACGAGUAUAAGCAAUUAAAUGUUGAUUGUUGAUUAGGUGUGGCUCCCAAAUAUCCAAUUUUAAAAUUUUUGUGACUGAAUCCUCGAACAAGUAGGUACAGUGCAGUAUGCCAUCUACAAAGCAACAACUAUAUAAAAUGUAAAACACGGUGGUGGUUCAUGACCCAAUGUUUGGAUACUGACUUUUGGCCCCCGGCCCCCUGUAUUAUAAUCCACCCCAAAUUUGAAAUAUUUAUUUUAGAGUCCACAAAACAGUAAUUGUUACUGCAUCUCUGCAUGAUCACUGUGUGGAACUUGUGUUUUUUUAACCAUGCCUUUUAAUUCAGAUGUACUAAAUACAUGUACUGCUUGUGGCUCUAUGCUAUGCAGGGGGACCUAAGAUUAACAGCUGGUAAUGGUUAUAUUAGACAACGUGGCGUUAUUUUUUAAUGUUUUUUUUAAUGCUUGUAUGUUUCAUAAUUUAAUGAAGAUAUUAUUUUGUAAUCUGGAGAUGAGUUUUUAAUACUAUUAUACAUUUUUAAAUUUAGUGUUUAAAACCACGAGUUUGUUCUGCAGGGGUUUCCCUGCUCCCCUGGCCUUCAAAAUAGCUUAAUAAAUUGUUUGAACUGUAUUGUGAAACCAUCCAAAGGAAGAUUAUUUAAGUCUUUAUUGUGCCAAGUAAAGUUUUUACUCUUUUAGAUACUAGUAUUUGAUGUAAUUCUAACUUCUUGAAUCUGUUUGCAGGAAAGAUUUCUAUGUCAAAUCGGGAGACAAGAUCACAAACUGUUAAAGUUGAAGUGAAGACUGAGAUUCUGGACCAUAUUAUCAAGAAGGAGAUAAAGACUGAGCUACAGGAAGUCACCGGGAAGUCACACGGUUUUAUUUGUCCCACAUGUAAAGCUCAUUUCCUUUACGAUGAGUUCUUUAUGGAGCAUAUUAAAGAACACCACGAGAAUAUGGCUGCUGAAAAAGUAAAUUCUAAUCAGCCAAUGAGUUCUUCUGGAAUAUCAGAAAAAGAGAACAAUUCAAAGAAUACCACACAUGUAAGUGAACCUUUAAAAUGUGAUGUUUGUUCCUUUUCUUGCUCCUACGAAUCUCAUCUUCUGGAACAUCAGAGAGUUCAUACUAAUAAAAAUCCAUUAAAAUGUCAACAGUGCUCAUAUGCUUGUUCUCAUAAACGUGAUAUAGUGAAACAUCAGCGAAUUCACACUGGUGAGAAACCCUACAAGUGUGAACAGUGCUCAUAUGCUUGUACUCAAAAAUGUAAUCUAGUGAAACAUCAGCGAAUUCACACAGGAGAGAAACCCUACAAGUGCAAAGAUUGCUCAUAUGCUUGUACUCAAAAAGGUAGGCUAGUUAACCAUCAGAGAAUUCACACAGGAGAGAAACCCUACAAGUGCAAAGAUUGCUCAUAUGCUUGUACUCAAAAAUGUAAUCUAGUUAACCAUCAGAGAAUUCACACCGGUGAGAAACCCUACUGUAAGUGCAAGGAAUGCUCAUAUGCUUGUUAUCUAAAAAGUAGUCUAGUGAAACAUCAGAGAGUACACACUAAUGAAAAACCAUUUAAGUGUGAACAGUGCUCAUAUGCUUCUUCUCGGAAAGACACUCUAGACUUACAUCAGCGUACUCACACGGGUGAGAAAUCCUACAAGUGUGAACAGUGCUCAUUUGCUUUCACUCAAAAAGGUAAUCUAGUCAGACACCAGCGAAUUCACACUGGUGAGAAACCCUACAAGUGUAAACAUUUCUCAUAUGCAUGUUCUCAAAAACAUCCUCUAGUCAGACAUCAGCGUGCUCACACGGGUGUUCAUACUCCUAUAAUUACAAGCAGUGCUCCCAUCAUACUUGAGCCGACUCAAACCAGAAAGAAAAAAAAGUCAAAAGGUAGAGGAAAGUAGCCCAACUACCGAAUCUCACAUAGCAUUAAUUGUUAAUUGCCUCUCAAUGCUGAUGGUUGUUAAUGUUAAUUUUAUGAAAAUUAUUUUUGAUUUACUGAA